UUGAGUUUUUCGCGCGUUUUUGCGGCUAAAAUAAUAUUUGUUACUCUUUCUGUGUUCCAUCAUUCUUUAUUUCUUAUUCAUUGUGUUUUUACUGAUUGCCAUUUUCUACGCAUAAUUGUAAGAAGGUGCUCAAACAUACAAGACUAUGGCUCGGACAAAGGCCUCCGUCGGUGCUAAAGUAUCGACAGGUAAAAGCAGCAAAGCGCGGUGCAGCGCUGCUCCGCCCCCUAGCAGUUCUUCAUCUUCAGGUGGUGGUGAACGGUCAACCCGCAGUCACGGUGGUGGCAAUCCGGUGUGUCCCAGGGAGACUCCGAAGUGGCAGCGGCCAAUCACCAACUUCUUCAUAGGCAAGGAUACAAGCCAACGGAGCGAUGAAGAUGAAGACAGUGCUGCAGGCAGCUCAAAGCCGAAGAAACGUAACAUCAUCGAAUCAGAUGACGAGGAUACUCCUCAGAUAGAAGCUUCAACAGACGCAGACACUCCAUCGGAAGCCACCACAGGCGAACCAGCGAAAAACAAUGUUUUAGACGAAACAAUUGAACUAGAACCUCUUAAUGGGGAGGACAGUCACAAAAUAGAGGAAUAUUACCCCAAAAAUGGGGUCAAAGGCAAAGGGAAGGGUAAAAAAACGAAUAAAGAAAACAUUGACACGAGCAAUGAAAGACGAAAAUCAAUGAAAAGAGAUUUGGAAGAUGUAAACUUUGACGAAGAACAAGUCAGUAAAAAGAUUAAGGUGAAUUGAAUAAAUAUGCAGGACAUUAUCAUAAGUGUAAAAUGAAAGUAUACUAAAUAAGAAAGACAAAUGCAAGACAUUUUAAAGUGUUAAAUGAAAGACAGUAAAUGAACAACUUUCCAAUCGACGUUUCCCAAACACACGCUAGAUGGCGCUGUUCACUUUUAACGUGAUAAUUACCUAUUUUCUCAUUGCUGGGAUACAUAAUUAAAUAAUUAUUCAAAAAUGUAAUGGCAGAAGCAUACAUAAAACUAAUUGUUGCUUGAUAUUUGGAUCACAUUAUGUAGAGAAUGAUGUUGCUACCUAUAUUGCUUCUCUUUAUUUUGAUCAGAAUAAUAAUGGGUGGAAGAUGUAAUUGUACCUUGGUGUAAUAAAAAGGGUCAUCAUUUAUACCCAAAAACAAAGAUAAAAGAUGCAUAAUAUGUCUGUUAUCCAUGAAAUUAGAACUUUAAACGAACGUUUUUGGGGUACGCCGAUUGGAAAGGAAAAAGGAAAGGGACUUUCCAGUAGACGGCGUUAAGUUUUUUUCUUCUGUUUAACUUCAAUUUCACGGAUAACAGACAUGCGUCCUAUAUCUUUGUUUUUGGGUAUAAAUGAUGACCCUUUUUAUUACACCAAGGUACAAUUACAUCUUCCACCCAUUAUUAUUCUGUACAAAAUAAAGAGAAGCAAUAUAGGUAGCAACAUCAUUCUCUACAUAAUGUGAUCCAAAUGUGCGGAGAUGUGCGGAUUUGACCAAUCACAGCGUUCGAGAGAGCGAAAAACGAAGACGCUCUGUCACUCUCUCCCUUACGGUGAUUGGUCGAUUCCUGCACAUUUCCGCUUAGCUCCGCGUCAAUGGAAAGCAUCAUUGUUGGAAUGAGAUUACUGUGUUCUAUGUAUGCAUUUCUGUGAAUCUGUUAAUCAUAAGUAUUACUAAAAAUAAUCCUGUUUUUGUUUCAUUUUGUAAUUAAUAAUGUUAAGUUUAACUUCUGUAAUGAAAUAAAAAAAAAUUGAACUGA